AGUUCGAUCAGUCGCAGUCGCAAUCUGUGGAAGGCGCUCAUCUCUUCCGUGAAUACAUGUUAUGAUAUAUUUCAUACUCGAGACUAUGUCGAUAGCGUAGUUAGACUACGUUCCUCCCGAUCCAUCGCUUCACACAACCCUUCACCCCCUGCCUCCACACAAAGUACGAUGGACGCCCACGCACACCUCCUCUCCCUCGGCUGGGCAGGACCGGGCCACUCGCUCGACUCACGACCCUACAAGCAAAAAGGCCACCGCGGCCUGGCCUAUGACCCUGCAAAGGUCGGCAACACCGGCACCGGCCUCGUCAAACCGCUGGGGAUCUCGCAACGGCAAGGGCGCCUGGGCGUCGGCAAGAAAGCGCACGAACCACAAGCCGGGAACGAAUGGUGGCUGAAGGGCUUCGAGAGCGCGCUGGGCAAUAUUGGCAAGAGCGAGAGCGAAAGGAGCAGCGGCACGUCGACGCCUAUCACGAACCCCAGUGGUGGCAAACACAGCGGACUCUACAGCUUUUUCAUCAAGGGCCAGCAAAUGCAAGGCACGAUUGAGGACGCCGACGACGACUCGAUGAGAACGUCCACUAAGAGGAAGAAGAGUGAUGUGUUGGGCGAUGAAGACACGAACGAAGAUGCCCUCUCAAAAAAGCAAAGAACAGGAGCAGCCGUCGAGUUCGAGCAAGUAGGCGCAUUCAUGACUUUGCGAGACAAAGAUAAGAAGCGGAGGAAACGGACAGAGAGACCGAGCCCCGUUGAGGAGUUCAAGCAGGUGGGCGAGUACCUCGAGGCACGGUCGGAGACGAAGAAAAGAAAGCGCAAAUCUGAGGCGCAGCCGUCGGGAGUGCGCACACCUGCCGCCGAAGACGAGGAGCAGCCUGAAAAGGCCGAGACCAAGGAAGAGAGACGAGAGCGGAGGCGAAGGAGGAAGGAGGAGAAAGAUAGGCAAAAGCAGUUGGCGGCUCAAGUCGAUGGGCAUCAGUCGGAAUCUGCUGAGACUGAAGACGCUGCUACGAAGGCUGCUCGACGUGCAGAGCGGAAGAGGAGGAAAGCUGACAAGACCGCGAAAGCUGCACAGAGCUGAUGAGGCUGCUUUUCUGUUUGAUAUGAGAUGUACGCCAAUUGAUGACCAAACAUGCCC